AUGCGUCAGGAGACAAAGAAAAAGUCGAAGGGACAAUAUUACCAGUAUAGUCAAAAUCAAGUAACGGGACAAUAUUAUUGUCACAAUUGCUAUAAAUAUUAUAAAUCAAGUGCAUCAUUAAAAGUUCAUCAGCUAGUUGAUUGUGGAAAAUUACGAAAAUUUGGAUGUUUAUAUUGCAAGUAUGUGUCACGAAGAAAAUUCGACAUCACUAGACAUAUGAAGCGAUAUUGUAUUCACUGGGUCCAUACGACGGGAAUUACGCCAUAUCAAUGUACUAAAUGCUUAAAAUAUUUCAAGUCAUCGAAAUCACGCUCAAAUCAUCGUGCAGUUUGUGGAAAAGAUAAAAAAUUUGGUUGCGCAUUUUGUACUUAUCGCUCGCAUCAAAAGGCAAAUGUCCUCAGACAUUUAACAUCUCAACAUCCUGAGGCCAAUGAAAUUAAUCAUCUUGGCCUUGUUUUUAAUAGCAGUUUAUAA